AUGUCUCUUUGGUUCCGGAUCCGAGUCCUUGGGCCUGCUAGACCUGUCACGCCCUGCACUGCUUGCACUGGCGUCUCAUUUGCAUCUGUAGCCAUCCACGAACCAAUAAUUCGGCAUGUGCCGUACAGUCGCAGCCCAGGACUAUGGAACUCGGAUGCACACCCGUCACGGUUGUCUCGUGGUCUUCAGACUUUAAUAGAGUUACCCAGCUAUAACAUCAGGUGGCAUCGUCUUCAUGCCCCCGUGGUCACUCUGUUGGGCCAGGACACGGCUCACCGCAACUGCAAUCUCAAUGGGAACGCGUUUCAGCAAGACGCCAUCAUCUCCUUCAAGGGUUGGCAAUAUGCCGUGUUCUACAGUAGUUGUUCUCCCUCAGGUCCGGAGAACGAUCUUCAGCUAGAACCUCUCUUCGUCUAUUUGGCUCGGCGUAAACUGCCUGACACUGAGUGGCAGACGAUAGUUUUUGACGAUUAUCGCCAAACUACUGACGAUGGCCAUAAUACCGUACAGAUGGGCAUCUGUCCGGGCGAUGGUACCAUUCACCUAUCUUACGACCAUCACUGUGACGUCUUGAGAUACCGAUAUUCUAUAGAAGGCAUUGCCAGUGAUCCAGAACGAUUUCGAUGGAGCAAAGACGUGUUCACUUCGACUCUCGAUCAUGUUCCCGGAAUUGACCUACCUCACGAGAACUUCGGCUACGUUACCUACCCAUGUAUUGGUACCUUGGGAGAUAACAUGUUCUUCUCCAUCAGAAAUGGCAAAGCUGGUCUCGGGGACGACCUACUGUACAUAUAUCGUGCCGCAACAGGCAUCCAGAACAACCCAUACGUUCAUGGCAUGGACUACCGUGAUGGCAAGCUACAUACCACAUGGGUAUAUCGCGGCUUUGUCCACUACGACGGUUGGGAUGACCCUCUAGAUGCGAAGCACAAGCAACAAGCUGGACCCAAUGGUGCCGAAAACAAUCACAACAUAUGCUAUGCUUAUAGCAAUGAUGGAGGGUACACAUGGAAGAAUGGGCAAGACGAAUCGAUCGCUUCGUUGAAAGAGGGAGGCUCAAUUACACCUGAUUGCCCCGUCCUUGUUGCUUUUGAGAUCCCCAAGGGGCGAGGUUUGACAAACCAAGAGGCCCGGGCAGUCGAUCAGGAGGGCGGGAGCCUAUGGAAGCAUUACUAUCGAUUUCCCCACGUAAGAACAUGGACGCAGAAUAUCAUCGGGCCGGUACCCAGUCCUCGACGCGGCCGUCUAGCCAUCGGCAAAACUGGUGAUCUCUUUCUGAUCCUUCCCAACCCGACCAAUUCAUCCCUCCGCAUCCUCAAAUCAUCAAAAGCAAAAGCCUACGCUGACGCAGUAGAGAUCUGGAGUGGCGUUGGGUUCAUGGGUGAGCCGCUUGUGGAUAUCAAAAGGCUUGAGGAGGAAGAUAUCCUGUCCGUCUUUGCCAUCGCCAAGUCGGCGACCUCAUCCGAAGACCGCCAAGUUGUCGUCCUCGACUUCCGUAUAUAG